AUGUUGCCGGUUAGUUUUUUUUGGUCCAGUAAAUAUUUUUUAAAAAAAAAUGUUUUUAGCUGAUUUUUGCGUGUGUGAACUUGAUAGAUGGAUGUGCGAGAACAACUGGAACAUCGCCUGUUCUAAAUACAGGUAGGUUGUUUUUGGGAGAGAAAACAAUUGGGUUUCAACUUUGAUAAUUUGCAAUUUUUUGUUCAUUUUGAAUUUUCUAGGGUUAUAUACGUUUCAAAAAAAUUUUAUUAUCAUGAAAACGAAUAAAAAAUGAUUAAGGGUCUAUUAGUUGCAACCCCCGAAUUAAAAUCUGCAAAACAAGCAGCUCAUAUUAAAAUUUUGCAGAAAACUGUUGCCCAGCUCUAACUCAAACCCUCACAUCUUCUUCAUUUCCAGAUGGAACUAUGUCUUUUGCUUAUAACAGUGACACGUGUCGAACUUCAGUUGUUGCAACUUGCUCGUAAGUUUUUGCCUGAAAUAAUUUUUCAUUAUUUUUUCGCAGAUCCACUGAUACAUCUCUUGGACUUUAUGCAGCGAUUGUAGCGAAUACUGACCAAUUUUUGGAUUAUGGUGAGAAUACAGUAUCUUUUCCUGGAACUUGUGAAGAUGGAAAUUGGUGAGAUCAAAUUUUAAUUGAAAAAUUAUUUAUAAAAUUGUUAGGUACAUGGGAACUCCGGCACUCGAAAUUCAAACUUUGGAAUGUAUUUUAACAAAUCCGCCAUAA